AUGGUGCAGCCAGGGAAACUGGUGGGAGAGACUGAGUCACUUGCUCCGGGUGGUACCCUUGCUCACAUAAAAGUGGCACCAUUUGGUGCCCAAGCCACGGUGGCUCCCUUGCCCUUGGCAGCAGCCCCCUCGCGGGCGCUGCCCGGCGGCGCCGACAACGCCUCGGCCGCCUCGGCCGCCUCGGCCGCCGCCGCCGCGUCCCCGGGCCCGCAGCGCAGUCUGAGCGCGCUGCACGGCGCUGGCGGCUCGGCCGGGCCCCCCGCGCUGCCCGGGGCGCCAGCGGCCAGCGCGCACCCGCUGCCGCCCGUGCCCCUCUUCAGCCGCUUCCUCUGCACGCCGCUGGCGGCCGCCUGCCCGUCGGGGGCCGAGCAGGGCGACGCGGCGGCCGGCGAGCGCGAGGAGCUGCUGCUGCUGCAGAGCACGGCCGAGCAGCUGCGCCAGACGGCGCUGCAGCAGGAGGCGCGCAUCCGCGCCGACCAGGACACCAUCCGCGAGCUCACCGGCAAGCUGGGCCGCUGCGAGAGCGGCCUUCCGCGCGGCCUUCAGGACGCCGGGCCCCGCCGCGACGCCAUGGCCGACGGGCCCUGGGACUCGCCGGCGCUCAUCCUGGAGCUGGAGGACGCCGUGCGCGCCCUCCGGGACCGCCUGGACCGCAUCGAGCAGGAGCUCCCAGCCCAUGUGAACUUCUCAGCGGCCCCAGCCCCUGUGCCCGCGGUGCCCACAGCCCUGCACUCCAAGAUGGACGAACUAGAGGGGCAGCUGCUGGCCAAGGUGCUGGCCCUGGAGAAGGAGCGCGUGGCUCUCAGUCACAACAGCCAGCGGCAGCGGCAGGAGGUGGAGAAGGAGCUGGAUGCGCUGCAGGACCGCGUGGCUGGACUGGAACAUGGGUCCUCAGCCUACAGCCCUCCAGAUGCCUUCAAGAUCAGCAUCCCCAUCCGCAACAACUACAUGUAUGCCCGUGUGCGGAAGGCACUGCCUGAGCUCUACGCCUUCACCGUCUGCAUGUGGCUGCGCUCCAGGUCGGGUGGCAGUGGCCAGGGCACGCCCUUCUCCUACUCGGUGCCCGGGCAGGCCAAUGAGAUUGUGCUGCUGGAGGCGGGCCACGACCCCAUGGAACUGCUGAUCAAUGACAAGGUGGCCCAGCUGCCUCUGAGCCUGAAGGACAAUGGCUGGCACCACAUCUGCAUCGCCUGGACCACAAGGGAUGGCCUGUGGUCUGCCUACCAGGACGGGGAGCUGCAGGGCUCUGGUGAGAACCUAGCCGCCUGGCACCCCAUCAAGCCUCAUGGGAUCCUUAUCCUGGGCCAAGAGCAGGACACCCUGGGCGGUCGGUUUGAUGCCACCCAGGCCUUCGUGGGUGACAUCGCCCAGUUUAACCUGUGGGACCACGCCCUGACACCUGCCCAAGUCCUGGGCAUUGCCAACUGUACCGGGCCGCUGCUGGGCAACGUCCUCCCCUGGGAAGACAAGCUGGUGGAGGCCUUCGGGGGUGCAAAAAAGACCACCUUUGAUGUCUGCAAGGGGAGGGCCAAAGCAUGAGGGGCCACCUCAUCCAGGGUCCCUCCCUUGCCUGCCAUUUUGGGGACCUUACGGUGGGGGCACACAUUCCCUCCUCAGCCUACCCACACACUGGCCUUCCCUCCUGCCCUGCUCCUGGCCAUGCCUCCCGUUUCCCCCACCUAUACCCACACCUCCAGAAUGCCCUGCCCUGCAGUGGCUGUCCCCUAACCCCACUUGGAUGGGGACAAGCAGCUCAAGCCAACAGGUCAAGCCUGGGGUGAGUCCAGGGCCUGGUGGGGGGUGAUAACAGUGCCCACAGCACUGUCCACCCUCUCGGCAUCACACUGGAGCUGUCUUACCCCACCCACCCUGGCCCAUCCACCACGUCUGAUGCCACUGAUCUCAACAGCAUGUCCCAUGGGGUCAUGUAUGGAGGAAGGGCCCACUAUCUCAGUGGCAGGCGUGGCUGUCUGCCCCCCGUCCCCCAAGCAACAGGCCUGGCCCCUUCCCCUUCAGGGCCACAACAAGCUCUAGAGCUGUCCCCCCAGCUGAGAAAGGGAUGACAGAGACAGAGGAGACUCAGACUCACCCCUCCUCCAUCUUUCCACCUGUUGCCAGUGAAGGGCAAGGGGAUCUUGAUGGAGCCUCCUGCACCCUCUCUCUUCCUCCUCCUUCCUCGUUUCUUUGUGUGCAGUGGUUUGAAUGUUGGUUCCAUGCCUGGCCCACCCCCACCUCAAUUCCCAGGACAUCUCCUUCCCGGCUCCAGCCUGAGGGACCAAGACCCUGGGAGGCCAAAAGGCCAUAGUCACCCCUUGUGCCCACCCACAUGUGUGCUAACUGGCAGGUCACCCCUCCUCCUCUGUGCCCAGGACAGGGCCUGGGUCACGUCAGCCUGGGCUGGGAGCAGCUUGUGACAGAGGCAUGUGCCCAGGGGACCCAGGUUACAGCACAGCCACAUUACCUAAUCCCUCUGCAUGGCCCCCGCAGCCUCUGGGGAAAGAAGGGAGAAACCGAGUGGGCAAAGAGGGGAGAAGCACGGAGUGGUGUACAGAGCACUGGAUGAGAAGGAGCCCAUGGUUCCUAGCCAGCCCAGCUGCUCACCUGCUGUGUAGCCUUCUGUAAGUCCCUGCCUUCUCUGGCUUGGCCUUCCUCAUUUGUGAGCUGAGGCCCUUGCUUUGGUCAUUUCUCCAGAUCAAACGUGAGGUGGUCUGUGAUUCCAAGUGGAUCAGGUGGGGCAAGCCUGACGCUACCUAGGAACCAGGGCAGAUCCUGAGAGUAGGCAGCAGAUGGGAUCUGGCCGGGCAUGGGUCAGGGUCAGGAGCUGCCUCCAGAGAG